CUGUUUUCUGUGGUGGUAAAGCAAGCAAGCGCUGGUUCGGUCCAGGCCGGUAACAUCGCGAUUUCCUCGUCGUUUCGCGUGCUCUUGAUGGACGGAAAAUCGGCCUGACUGGGCCCUUCCUGGGGGAAAAUUCGGCGGGGAAAGCCAUGGAUGGCUCGAGGAGAUUUCUAGAACCGCCGAGUUCGGCCGUUGGCAUGGAAAUUUAAUCCUUCUCGAUAAAACUAUGUCAUGAUUUCAACGGCGGCGUCUCUGUCCAUCCUGAACGCCACCCAAACCCCGACGGACGUCAACGCCACCGCCGCCUCCGGGUACCUGUACCCGCCCCCGGACGCCAACUACACCAACUCGACCAACUUCACCGACGGCGCCUACCCGGUGUUCCCCGGCUACAUUCGCACCACCUCCAUGGUGUUCUGCAUCGUCAUCAUGUGCCUGGGCGUCAUCGGCAACGUCAUGGUGCCCAUCGUCAUAUUCAAGACCAAGGACAUGCGCAACAGCACCAACAUCUUCUUGGUGAAUCUCAGCGUCGCCGAUCUCAUGGUGCUGCUGGUUUGUACGCCCACCGUGCUCGUCGAGGUCAACUCCAGGCCGGAGACUUGGGUGCUUGGAAGGGAAAUGUGUAAAGCAGUACCCUUUGUAGAACUGACGGUAGCCCAUGCCUCUGUGCUGACCAUCUUGGCCAUAAGUUUCGAACGUUACUACGCCAUCUGCAAGCCCCUAAAGGCCGGCUACAUAUGCACCAAAGCCCGAGCAUCUCUGAUAUGUUUGCUCGCUUGGUUCGUAGCCGCUGUGUUUACGAGUCCGAUCCUGGCGAUCACCCAGUACAGCACCGAAGAAUACAUCGACGGUUCGCUUGUGUUUGUCUGUUUCAGCCUAGUCGAGGACCUCUUCCCCUGCAUAUUCUUCAUCGGAUCCGUGGUGGUCUUCUUCAUAUUCCCCCUGGGCAUCCUCAUAUGCGUCUACGCCCUCAUCGCCACGUCGCUGAUGUCCCAGCCGCUGGCGAUGGUGGCCGCCCGGUCCUCGGCCGCGCCCGCCCAGAGCGUCCAGAAGUACAGGAAGCAGGUCAUCCUGAUGCUGGGCACCGUCGUCCUGGCCUUCUUCGUCUGCCUGCUGCCCUUCCGGGCGCUCACCCUGUGGAUCAUCAUCGCGCCCGCCGGCUCCAGCUUCGAACUCGGCUUCGAGAGGUACUACAACAUACUGUACUUCUCCAGGAUCAUGUUCCACAUCAACUCCGCCGUCAAUCCCAUUUUGUACAACAUCAUGAGCUCCAAGUUCAGGGGGGGGUUCUUCAGGUUGUGCGCAGGAAGGAAGCUCCGCAAAAGGUACCUGAAGAAGCCGGAGAUGACGAGGAAGAGCACCAGCUCGUCGACGCACGCGUCGUCGCAGCAAACGUCGGAGAGCUUCCUGAAGAGCAGCAGGAACUACUCGCGGCAGUCGAGCAGCCUGAAGGAGGUGAAGGAGGAGGACGAGCCGGCGAAGGAGCCGGCGGCGCGCCGCGACGCCGGGAACCUGGUGAAGAACGUGUACGUGAGGGCGCCCAUCGAGAUCGUGUCGGUGAUCAACGGGGAGAAGCUGCCCGCCGGGGAGAUUUACGUUUGAUGAAGGUUUUGUAUAGGUGUAAGAAUCGACUGGUUUUAUAUAUGUGGAAUAAUUUUAUUUGUAACUCAUUUCCGCGGAGUCUUCCAUGUGUUUAUAGUUUGUAUUUGCGUAACUCAGUAUUUGUGUUUUGGUACAAAAAUAAUUAAUUUGAUUUAGUGCCAUAAUUUUAUUGAUAGGUAAAUGUAGCUAAUAUAAGUAAACUUUUAAUAAAAUUUAUAUAUACAUUUAGACAAUAGUAAAAUGUAUUGGUGCUAUUUAAAUGUAUUUGUACGAGGUAAGAAAACAUACAUUUAUUACAAGCGCUGUAUUUAGGUGGAAUUUUAAACGUAUUAAAAUUAUAUAAGUUUGUAACAAUAAUAAUAAAAUUUAUGUAAAUGGAGCCAAACAGUACUUAGAAACUAGGUAAUUUAAUUUUGUACACUAACAUAUUACAAUGUUAAUACCGACUAGUCAAAUUUUUAUGUACGUAUUUAUUUAUAAAAUAAUACAAAAGUUAUCAAUUUAAAAAGAGAGUUAUACAUUCUUUUCGAAAUAAAAAUUAAUCAACACAUCACCUUCGAGACAACCACAUAAAUAGUUAACCCCAAAUACAACAAAAAAGCUAAUCUAUCUAGUACUAUUCCUAACAAAAUCCACGUGGCUUGAUUUUGUUCCGUGUCUUCAUUCAAAUUUCCGUGCUUAUAAGGCGUCUAGAACAAAUUAAACAAUCAAUUUAUAUGACUAAUUAAUUCCUUUACAUCAUACCUUCAAGAGCAGACACGCUUUUAGAAUUCUACUGGACAAUACAUAGUUAAUUAAUCGAGGAACACUCCUUUGGUGAUGGUUUCUCGACAGGUUUAUCACCAACACUGCUAUUAUUAUGGAAAUUAAAACGGCAAUCAUGCUGUAAGCGUAGACUGAUACUGUUAAAAGAAUAAUAAUUUAAUUCAAUAUACAAGUUGAUUUUACGUUGAAUACUGACCUAAAAAUGGUACUUUAUUCACGUGAUGAGGCGUUAUCAUUCCAAAAACUACCAGCAUGAUUGUACAAAGGAGUAACUGUAAACUUCCGAUUGAUAUUUUGAGUUUUCCGAAAGGAUCUACCCAGAAACUAACCAAAGUUGAUAGAGAUAUAACUGGAAAAAUUCGAAUUAAUUAACUGAUAAUAGGGAGAAAAUUUCACUUACAAACAAACGGUGUGAAAAACAACAAGUCAUAAACGUUCGAAUUUCUUUGCAGCGUAAAGACCAUUUCGAAAAUCGGCAAUUGUGAGACAUUGCUGUAAGACGAAAAUGCAACACCCACAUCCAGGAUCAUCCAUUCCGAAUUAUCGUCCAGAAUCUACGAAAAGAAUUUCACUCAACUCGCCAAUUCACCCAACACAACUCGGUACACCCACCAAAGAACUUUCGUUUUCCCUGAAAUUCAACUGCAAAUUCGCCAGGUCCCUCAUGAAGCCCAGGAUCACUUUGCAAGUAUGAUUGUCCUUGGGCCAGGCGCCCAUGUCUUUGCUAUCGCAAAACACCUUUAAUUUCACCUUCGAUUGCCACUCCACUUUACCCAUGAAAUUCACCAACAUCAUCGUGUCCUCCACCAAAUCUCGAACGUCUCCCACGG